AUGACGGCGGAUGACUCUGAGGUGUGGCCGAACGCGCACGUGUGCACGACGAUGAUGUCGUUGGCGACGCGCGCGCGAGACGCGGAUAAGGCGUUGGCGACGCUGGAGUGGAUGAAAAGACGGAGCGCGGACGCGCGAGAGGUGGCGCCGACGACGCACACGUAUACGACGUGCGUGCAAGCGCUGGACGGCGCUGGACGGUGGGAGGAGGCGCUGGGGAUGCUGGGGGAGAUGAAGCGCGCGGGGACGGCGAGAAACGCGCACACGUACAGCGCGUUGGUCAGAGCCGGGGCGAACGGCGGGCGCGCGGGGGCGCGCGCGGUGGUGAAGUUGAUUCCAGAGAUGAAACGCGAUGGCGUGGAACCGGACUUGGCGAUCGCGUCGGCGCUCAUCAGCGCUUUCGGGGUUUUGGGGAGCGAAGACAACGCGAGGGCGAUGUUGCGAGCCAUCGAGUCGAGCGGGCGGGCGACGGAUAGCAAGCUGUACGUGGAUUACAUGACGGCGAUGUGUCGAUGUGGGAACUACGAAGAGGCGAUAGAAACCUUCACGCGCGUGCCUCGCACGACUUUCACGUGCACGGCGGUCAUGAAGGCGUACGCUGAGGCGAUGGAUUGGAAGCUCGCCGAGGCUUUGUUCGAGGACAUGCGUCGCGACGGACCGGCGCCGAACGACCACACGUAUAGCGCCAUGUUGCACGCGUACGAAAAGAGUUUGCAGUGGGAGCGCGCGGUGCGCUUGCUCAAUCAGCUCACGAGCGAAGGAAAGGCUAAGGAGAUACAUCACAACAUUGUCCUCAGCGUUUUGGGCAAGUGCACGCAGUGGCAGCGCGCGGAGGUUUUAUUUAGAGACAUGCGAGAGUUGUACAACAUUCAGCCCUCUCGCGUGACGUAUAGCACGCUGAUUUCGGCGUACGGACGAAGUGGGAAAACUGAUCUAGCGCGCAAGGUGUUCGAGCAAAUGCUCGCGCGGCGUAUUCCGCCAGACGACUACACCUUUGUCGGCUUGAUGCUCGGUCCCGCGAGCGAGGGCAACUUUCGAGAGUGCUCAAAAAUCGCGACCGAGAUGAAGGAGUUGUACGACGUCGAGCACACCGUGCACACGUACAACACGCUCAUCCAAGCCGCGGACAUCGCCGGUAAUUACGACAAGGCGGUGGAGGUGUACGACGAACUCUUGCAGCGCGGCAUCGAGCCGAACAACACGACGAGAGAACUCGUCGUCGCCGUGAGUAAGCGCGGGGCGAACUUUUACGAUCGCCAACAAAAGACCGCCGCCGUCGCAUCCUACGCCGCAGGUCUCGUCGGCGUCAUGGGCAUGGCGCUCGGUCGCUGGUAG